ACCAACUCACGGGAGAUGCUCAGGUCGAAUCCACAACCCUGGGCACCCACCGAGCUCCCCAGCACCCACAAUACACACCACCCCCCCUCCCCAGGCAGCCGGGCGGGGGUCCCUGGUCCGGGGGGCUGGGACCAGGCCCAGGCGCUGCCGCAUGUGCCGGAGCCUUCGCGCAUCAGGAGCCAAACCGCAAACAACAGCCCAGAAAUCCCCGGCAGCGGGUGCCAGGUUCGGCAGCUGGGACGGGCUGUUUCCUCCCUCCCGCGCUGUUUGCGCUGGGAACUCUUGACCCCUUUUAUAAAACACUCGGCCCACGCCACGGAAACAUCCCCCCCCCUCCCCUCCGCCUUCCUGCCCUGCCGCCGCCCCAAAGCUGGACUUAAAAACCAGCCCGAGCCCCGCCGAGCAGCAUCCGCCCCGCAGACCCCGCACCCUGCGGCACCUCCGGGCUCCACCUCGGCCAUGGGGCCAAGUCCCACUCCGGUCCUUGUCCUCGCUCUGCUGCUGGGGGCUACAGUGAAUGGGCAGCCCCGGGGCCGGAUCCUGGGGGGCUCAGAGGCCAAGCCCCACCUGCGGCCAUACAUGGCCUCGCUGCAGCUGGAUGGGAGGCACAUCUGUGGGGGCUUCCUGAUCGCUGAGCAGUGGGUGCUGAGCGCUGCCCACUGCACCGAGGAGACGGAUGGCAAAGCCUUCCAGGUCCUCCUGGGUGCCCACUCUCUCACACAGCCAGAGCCCCACAAACGCCUCUACCGGGUGCGCACCCAGAUCCCCCACCCCGGCAGCAACAUCCACAACAACAAGGACGACCUCCUGCUCCUACAGCUGGAGGAGAAAGCGGAGCUGAACGAGCACGUGCGGGUGCUGCCGUUCCAGCGGGAGGACCGGGACGUGGCCGCUGACACCGUGUGCGACGUGGCGGGCUGGGGCACCAUCAGCCACAGCGGCCGCCGGCCCGAUAAACUCUACCAAGUGGAGCGGCCGGUGAUCAGCCGCGACGUCUGCAACCACCGAACCCUCCACGACGGCACCAUCACCGAGAAGAUGAUGUGCACCGACUCCCGCAGGAAGGACAGCUGCAAGGGUGAUUCCGGCGGUCCCCUGGUCUGCGGGGGGGUGGCCGAGGGGGUGGUCACAGCUGGAGCCCGCGUCUGCGGAAACUACAGGAAGCCGGCAAUCUACACCCGCAUCGCCCCCUACGCCGCCUGGAUCGACAGUGUCAUGGCCGCCGCUGCUGCUGGGGAGGGGGACGCUCCCUGAGACACCCCCACGGGUGUCCACGCCACAGCUUGCUGCUGCCAGCAUGGGCAGAGAGCCUGCACUGCUGCUGGGGGACUGGGGACUCGCAGAGCAUCCCCCUGUGUGGGGAGGAGGGUGGGCCAGGGGACCACCAGGAAAAAAAAAAGGGCAGGGGGUCCCCGGUCAAGCACGGGGCCCAGCCAGGGGGUCACAGCCCCCCUUUAGCUGGUGCAGGCCAGAGGCUUUGCUGAACGCUGCCCAACCACUGCCACGACUGCACUGCAAUAAAGCCACGAAUAUUCCUGCAGA